GAGAGAGAGUCACAGAUAGAGAGACAACAAAACACAAACUCGAAGCACCUUCCACUCUAGGACCGUGCCUCUUCUUCGUACUAACUCUCAAACCGAGGCAAUUUUUGCCUUUUUUUUUCACUUUUAUUUUAUUAUUUAUUAUUUAGUUUUUAGUUUCUUUUAGUACUUUCUAUUAUUCUUUGCCUCCCCAAGUGGGAACUCUUGUGGAUGAGAGAGGGAGAGAUAUAGAUAUUGCAGAGCAAAGGUGAAAAUCCCUAUGGUUGGAGUGGAUUUUUGGGGUUUGACCAAGACUUCAUCGUGACCCAGGGAAUAGGAUGUAACUAAUGGGUUGAAAGCAACCAAAAAAAAAAAUUGAUGGGGAGUUAUAGUGAAGAGGAAGAGGAUCAAUUUUUUGAUUCACGAGAGGAGAUAUCUUCUGUGUCUGAUUUGGGUUCGGAUUGCUCCGAGGACUGUAGUUCUAGUAAUGGCCACUUUGACAGUGUUUUGAAUAGAUUUUGCAAUGAAAUUUGGACUAAGAACCCAGAAAGUGUACAUGAGCGCCGCAGUAGGUUUCUAAAAUGGAUGGACUUAAGUUUGGAUUUGAAUUUGAUUAUGAGAGAGGAGGAUGGAUCGUGCGACAAAAUUGAAAUGGCUAUUGACAGAAUCAUGGAAAGUAGUGGGGCAGUACUGAGAACUCAGGGUUUUGAAGAGGGAUUUUCUCUUAGUACCAUGUCAGAUGAAGUGCCAGAAUCCUUAGAAAAUGGUGUUUCAGAGGAUAAUAUUGUGUGUAAAAUCAAGAAUUUGGACAAUGGAACUGAGUUUGCUGUGGAUGAAUUGGGGCAGGAUGGAAUGCUUAGUAGACCACGUGAAGUGGGUUCCAAUCAAUCCAUUAGUUUUCAAGAGUUUCAUAGAAAUUUUGGGCCUUCUCCUUUGGUUCAUCAUCACUUGCAGAGAGAAAUUGAUGAGGCAAGGUAUUUUGUAGAUGCAAAAAAGAAAGUGAGGAGGGGUUGGCUAAGGUCAUUAGGUGCUGCAGCAUGUAUUGUUGAUACUGCUGCUCUACAGACCAGUGAUCUUGAAUCAGCAUUAGGGACGGGGAUGCGAAGAGUUCGGGUUCAUCCCUAUAGUAAGAGGUCCAAAGAACUGUCCUCCCUUUAUGUUUGCCAGGAAUUUGUAGCACAUGAGGGGCCAAUAUUGACAAUGAAGUUUAGUCUUGAUGGAAGAUACUUGGCAAGUGCUGGCAAAGAUGGAAUUGUGCGUGUGUGGAAGGUGAUUGAGGAAGAGAGCUCAGAGACUUUUGAAAAUCUAGAAAUUGAUCCUUCAUGUGUAUACUUCACAGGGAAUCAUCUUUCCAAAUUGUCUCCUCUCGAUGUUGACAAAGGGAAAUUUGGUAAGAUGGAGAAAUUGAGGAAAUCUUCAGACUCAGUUUGUGCCAUUCUCCCUACAAAGGUUUUCCGGAUAUGGGAGAAGCCUCUACAUGAGUUUCAGGGACAUAGUGGCGACAUCUUGGAUCUCUCAUGGUCCAUGAAGGGGUUUCUGCUGUCAUCCUCUGUUGAUAAGACGGUUCGUCUAUGGCAAGUGGGAUGUGACAGAUGCCUAAGAGUUUUUUCCCAUAAUAAUUAUGUGACAUGUGUUAAUUUUAACCCUGUGGAUGGAAAUUACUUCAUCAGCGGUUCAAUUGAUGGAAAAGUUCGAAUCUGGGAAAUUGUUGGUUGUAAGGUUGUUGAUUAUAUUGAUACCAGAGAGAUAGUCACUGCUGUGUGUUAUCGGCCUGAUGGAAAGGGAGGAAUUGUUGGUACCAUGACCGGGAACUGCCGAUUUUAUGAUAUCAUAGAUAAUCAUCUGCAACUGGAUGCUCAAAUAUGCUUACAGGGAAAAAAGAAGUCACCAGGCAAGAGGAUAACUGGCUUUCAGUUUUCCCAAAGUGAUGCGAGCAAAGUAAUGGUCACUUCCGCAGAUUCAGUAGUCCGUAUUCUUAUGGGGGUUGAUGUCAUAUGCAAAUUCAAGGGUCUUAAAAAUGCGGGAAGCCAGAUGUCUGCGUCUUUUACCUUAGAUGGGAAACAUAUUGUCUCUGCAAGUGACGAUUCAAAUGUCCACAUCUGGAACUAUGCAAGCCAGGAGAAGUUUUCUUCUCGGGCAAAGACUAUUUGGUCUAGUGAGAGUUUCCUGUCCCACAAUGCAUCAAUUGCUAUACCUUGGUGUGGCAUGCAAGCAUUGUCUGAAACACUUCUCUCCCCAACAUUGAGUGCAGAUGUACGGGGUAGCAGUGUCAAAACUGGAUCGAAACAUUGCAAUUUUGAUGAGAAUUCCGACCAAAAAAUGCCUCUAUCUUCACCUGAUUGUUUCUCUCUAAGCCGCGGGUUUUUGUUGGAGUCUUUGCCAAAGGGAUCUGCAACCUGGCCCGAGGAGAAACUUUCUGAUUCAAGCCCAAUAGCUCCACCUUUGAUAUGUAAAUCUGAGUACAAAUUUUUGAAGAAUGCUUGUCAGAGCUUGUUCAGUUCUCCUCACAUGUGGGGUCUUGUGGUUGUGACUGCAGGCUGGGAUGGGUGGAUUAGAACGUACCACAACUAUGGGUUACCCGUUCAUAUUUGAAAAUAUAGGUCUUUCGGAUUUGCAAUAUGUCAUUGCAGAUCUGAGUACAAGAUUUUGAAGAGUCCUUGCCACAGCUCACUUCUCACAUCCUUGUGGUCAUGACAGCAGGUUGGGAUGGACAGAUUAGAAUGUACUGCGAUUAUAGAUUACCUAUUCCUCUUUGAAAUCCUGUGUUUGGGAAGAUCAUCAGACCUUAGUUUCAGUUGUACGGAACUUUAAAGACAUUGAUUCUCGUUGUAGCAGGAUGCAAGGGGUUUAUAUUCAAAUGAUUCUCUCUGCAUGUGCAGUAUGGUAUAUACAUGACAGUUCUGUUGGUUGUGAGGAAAAAAAAGGGUUGGGGGCAGGGGGGGAUCUAGUGUGGAUCCUUUAUAGAUUACAAAGUGUAUUAUACUUCAGUCUGGGCAUGCCAAUUGGCAAAGUCUCUUUUUUUGUUUUUUACUGCAGUCCAACCAGGUCUCAAAAGGAGCCUUUGGAUUGCUCUUGUAUUGGAUUCUCAUAAUACAGGUUUAAUUAUAUGAUUCUUUUAUUUGUUUAA